ACUGGAGGAGAGAGAGGGGGAGGGGAGGAGAAGGGGAGAGGUGGCAGGUGUGAGGAGAAGGAGAGAAGGCAGGGGAGGAGAGAGACAGGCAAAGCGGCAGCAGCAGUCUCAGACCCUGUAUCAGAGAACCUGACUGGGAAGAUGGAGAAACUCAGUGUGACUGUCCCAGCUGGGAGAGAGGAGGAGGAUGAGAGAGGAGGAGGAGAGAAAGGAGAGGGUCAGGAAGUAGACAGGAGGAAGAAGGCUAGCGUUGAGGGCAGGAGGAGCAGAGGAGUUGAGGGAGGAGGUGAGAAGACAGAGGAGAAUAAGAGGGAGAGGGGAAACCGUAGGAACAGAGGAGGAGGAGGAGAGAAGGGGGGCAAUCAGGACUCCAAGAGAAGAGGAAGAGGGGAAGGAGGAGGGGGGAAGGGUGAGCGAGUGAUUAAAGAGAGAAAUAAGAGAGAGUCAGAGGGGGACAAAGAGGGGGAAGCAAACCGUCCUGCAGAUACACAGCCAACAAAAGGAAGAGAAAAACAGAGGGAUAAAGAGACUGAAAGAGAGGAACCGAGGGACAAGGACAAGCAGAGAGGGAACAACAAACCCCGAGACAUAGACAGAGAAAGACAGGAACCGAGGGACAGGGACAAGCAGAGAGGGAACAACAGACCCCGAGACAUAGAAAGAGAGGAACCAAGGGACAGGGAGAUGGAGAGGGACAAGCAGAGAGGAAACAACAGACCCCGAGACAUAGACCGAGAAAGGGAUGGAGAGAUGGGGAGAAACAGAGAGAGGCCAGCGGAGGGGAACGAGAGGAGCAGAGCCAACACUAGUCCUAACAACAACAACCACCACCCAUCAUCAUCCUCUAAGCGUUACUCCAAAUCAGACAUCAGAAGACCCAGGAACCGCACCUACAGCACCAGCUCUGCCAGCAGUGGCACCAGUCUGGACGGACCUGGACUGGGACAGGGAGGGGGUUUGGGGGAGGACAGGGCCCGACGAGACCGGUUGGGGCGCAGGGAGCGAGAGAGAGGGGAGGGAGGAGGAGGUCAGCUCCAGAACAGGAGGAGAAGCACUAGAGACUCCUCUACUGACUCACUGGAAGAGAGCAAGGUGGGAGAAUGGAUGGAUGAGAGGAGGAGAAGGAGGAGAGACGGAGGAGAGGAGGACUGGAGCCCGGAGAGGAGGAAAAGGGGGGAUGAGAGCAGAGGGACAGGAGGGAGGCACAGAGGAGGAGGAGGGAGAGGAGGUCUCCUGAGAAUAUCUCACAGUGACAGACAGUCAGGCUUCUCCCAGGCUACCUCAGGCCCUGGCGAGGACCCCCAGGGGCGACGCAGACAGGGCACUGGGCCUCGCAGCAGGGGGAGGGGCAUCCUCAUCCUCCCCGCCCACACCAACCUCUCCAAUUUGCCGGCAGAGCCCGGGCCGAGGCUUCUGUUUGGUGGGAUCCGUGGAGGAAGAGAUGCGGUGCUAGGGAGAGGAGGAGGAAGGGGCGGAGGAACUAGGCGUCUCUGGGACCCAAACAACCCCGACCAGAAACCCGCCCUCGGGCUCUCCCAUCAUCCAUCGCUCCAGCAGCAGCCCAUGUACCUGCAGACAGGCGUUGGUUACGGAGCGCUGCACUUCCUGGAUACAGAUGACGAGGCUGCAGGGAGUCCCCCGGUCCUCCAGGGAGAGCACUUCCACCUCCAGCAGCAGGCUGCAGCCAGGGCCCAGGCCUUCUACAAGUACCAGAACUCUGACAACCCUUACAACGCCAACCCUAACCCCAACACACGCUACCCCUACCCUUACCACACUAUGCCCGCCGGCCCUUACCAGAUCCCCCCCUCUAACGACAUGUACCACCCGGGUCAGUUCUACGGGGGGUACAGGGGCCAGGGGUACCUGGAUGGACCCGAGGCUGUAGCAGGGGGUGGAUCCGGAGCGGGUGUAACCCCUGAGGAGGCUGGGCAACAUGCCAGAGGAGAGCUGGGGAGACUGCUGAGAGCUGCAGACAGUCAGGAGUUACAGCUCACCAACCUGUUGUCUCGAGACAGACUCAGUGCUGAUGGACUGGACCGCAUGGCUCAGCUCAGAGCUGACCUGUUGACCCUGUACGAGCGGGUGAUCCUAACAGACAUAGAGUUCAGUGACAGCCAGAACCUGGACCAGGCUCUAUGGAAGAACGUGUUCUACCAGGUUAUAGAGCGCUUCAGACAGCUCCUCAAAGACCCCAGUGGAGACUCAGCUGCGCGCAUCACCACCAUGCUACUGACACUGCUGGACGAGGGGGCAGUAUUCUUUGAUGCGCUGCUACAGAAGCUUCAGAUGGUGUUUCAGUUUAAACUGGAGGAUUACAUGGACGGCAUGGCCAUCAGACCACGACCACUACGCAAAACGGUGAGGUAUGCUCUGAUCAGUGCCCAGCGGUGUUUGAUCUGUCAGGGGGACAUCGCCCGUUACCGGGAGCAGGCCAGCGACUCGGCUAACUACGGCAAGGCCCGCAGUUGGUACCUGAAGGCCCAGCAGAUUGCUCCUAAGAAUGGACGACCCUACAACCAGCUGGCCCUGCUGGCUGUCUACACGAAGAGGAAGUUGGAUGCAGUGUAUUAUUACAUGCGUAGCCUGGCGGCCUCCAAUCCCAUCCUCACUGCCAAGGAGAGCCUCAUGAGUCUGUUUGAAGAGGCCAAACGCAAGGCAGACCAGAUGGGGCGGAGGCAGGAGUCAGAAGGGGGUUCCAGGGGCCCGGGGGUCCAGGGUGGAGGAAGAGGACGGGGGGAGCCGGGGGCCAGAGUAGAGAUCUGGCUUCGCCCUGUCGUCCAGGCAGGGGCUCUCUCAUCGCACCGCGGGGGCAGCGAGUCCAGCAGAGACUCUGAACAGGACGGAGAGCUCGGCAACCUCAGUGCUAGUGAUCUCAAUAAGAGGUUCAUACUCAGCUUCCUCCACGCUCAUGGAAAACUCUUCACUAAAGUGGGCAUGGAGUCGUUCCCAGAGGUGGUCAGUCGUGUUCUCCAGGAGUUCAGAGUGCUGAUCCAACACAGCCCCUCCCCCCUGGGCAGCACACGCAUGUUACAGAUCAUCACCAUCAACAUGUUCACUAUACACAACGCUCAGAGCAGAGGAGGAGAUGGUGAGGUGAGGUCUGUUUUACAGGAGCAGACUACAGCUCUGGGUCUAGCCAUGUUCUCUCUGCUGGUCCAGCGCUGCACAGAACUACUGAGAGACACACCUGCAGAGUCCAUCCCCGAGGAGGAGAGAGAAGAUGGGGAUGAGUGGGAGGAGGGGAUGGUGAGAGUUUCUGCCUUCCCAUUGGACCUGAGGGAGCUGCUGCCCAGCGUUAAAGUCUGGUCUGAUUGGAUGCUUGGACACCCCGACCAAUGGAAUCCUCCGCCUUGUAGUAUAGAUGGUUGUAGCUCUGGUGUGUGGCGUAGCUUGGCCGACCUGUGUAAUGCGUUGGCUCGUGUCGACCACGGGGAAGCGCCGCUGUACAAGGCAGACGGGGACGGAGGCGAGGGGGAUGAGGAGCUCCGCCUGCUGCUAUUGGAGGAAGACAGGCUACUGGCCGGCUUCGUCCCGCUGCUCGCCGCCCCACAGGAACCCUGCUACAUAGAACUCACCAGGGAUACUGCAAUAGCAGCAGACUGUAAAAGGGUAACAGUGUUGAAGUAUUUCCUGGAGGCUCUGUGUGGACAGGAACAACCUCUUCUGGCCUUCAAGGGAGGGAAGUAUGUCUCCAUGGCAACCUCUCCCCAACCCAGCAUCCCUGGCGACGCCCACAGUCGACACGACUCACUGACCGAGAGAGAGAGCGAUGACGUCAUCGUGGAGGCGGAGUCGUCUGUUUCCGAGGGGGAUGAGGGCGGGGGCAGCGAAGAUGACAUCAGAGAGCUCCGGGCCAGACGCAGCGCCCUCACUAACAGACUGGCUCAGCAGCAACGACGCAGGGACAAGAUACAGGCGGUGUUACAGACGUGUGGUCAGUUGGAGUUAGAGGUACGUCCUCUUUUCCUGGUGCCAGACACCAAUGGCUUCAUCGACCACCUGACCGGCCUCAAGACGCUGCUGCAGUCUGGGACUUACAUACUGGUGGUGCCCCUCAUAGUGAUAACAGAGUUGGAUGGUCUGGCGAAGGGUCAGGAGAGCUGCGGAGGCUCUGGCGGUGGUCAUGGCGGCGGUGGUUCCCGUGGUAACCCUGGCGCAACUCAUGCGCGGGCGGUCCAGGAGAAGGCCAAGGUUGCCGUGGCGUUUCUGGAGCGAGGGUUUGAGGCCAGAGAGCCCUGUCUCAGAGCGCUGACCAGCAGAGGAAGUCAACUGGAGUCUAUCGCCUUCCGCAGUGAAGACACCUCCGGACAACAGGGGAACAAUGAUGAUGUCAUCUUGUCCUGCUGUCUCCACUACUGCAAAGACAAGGCUAAGGACUUCAUGCCUGCAAAGAGAGACGGUCCGGUGCGGUUGCGUCGGGAGGUGGUUCUUCUGACAGAUGACCGUAACCUGCGGGUCAAAGCCCUGACCAGGAAUGUGCCGGUCAGAGACAUCCCCGCAUUCCUCACCUGGGCCAAAGUGGGCUGAACUGGGUCACACCUUAGACCACGCCCAGAGCACCCAAACAACCAAUCAACUGCUGAGAACCGCUGGCCACCUCCCAUACCAUCGGAGUGGAGGAGGAGCCUGUAAGCUAAUGCAGAAGUGAAGACUGAUGGAGAGAAGGAGAAGAAAGCUUUUUUUGUGGAAAAAUGAAAUAUGGAAACGAAAAAGCGUUUUUUGUUGUUGUGUGGAAUGAGUUGAAAUAGGCUGAGAUCUUUUUACCCUCUCAUUGUGAUGAGGUGUGUGUGUUUGCUGCUGAGCGUAGGGAGCGGGAGGGAGGAGAAGAGCAGGGAGAGUUUUAAGAGAUGCAGGAAGGCUGGCCCAUGAAGAGAUGUAGAAGACAGAAGGAGGAGAGGUAUUUGUGUUCAUUUCUGGUUUCUUCGGUCCAGCCAGGCUACAGACCCUGGAAUCGAACCAGGGUCUGUAGUGAAGCCUCUAGCACUGAGAUGCAGUGCUAUAGACCGCUGCGCCACUCAGGGGAGUGGCAGGGGAGCCAGGUUGUAGUAUCAGGGUACCAGCCAGGUUGUAGUAUCAGGGUACCAGCCAGGUUGUAGUAUCGGGGUACCAGCCAGGUUGUAGUAUCGGGGUACCAGCCAGGUUGUAGUAUCAGCGUACCAGCCAGGUUGUAGUAUCUGGGUACCAGCCAGGUUGUAGUAUCUGGGUACCAGCCAGGUACCUUCAUCUACCCACCCUCCUCCAGGUCCCCGUGACCCCGAACCACAUUCUCAGCCUCUGAUGACCCGGAAGUGGUCCGUUUCAGUUCCUGUAAAACCAUGAAGUGAUUUUCAUCCCAGUUGCCCAGCAGCUUGUGGGAGUCUUUCCCAAGGCUGAGAGUCUUUCCCAAGGCUGAGAGUCUUUCCCAAGGCUGAGAGUCUUUCCCAAGGCUGAGAGUCUUUCCCAAGGCUGAGAGUCUUUCCCAAGGCUUCUGUAAAGGAACAGCUUUAAAGACAAAAAGACAAAGAAAAAAAUACUUGUUAUUUUUUUAGCAUUGUGAGGGAGUGUGUUGUUUCUGAGUUGGUUGGUGUAUCCAUUGGGAGUGUGAUGUUUAUGCUCUACAGAAGAGCUUUUCUGUCAGCAGACGUUCCCUUUUAGUUUGUUUUUAAUCCUUUCAAAAUAUUCUAAUAAGAUUGAACGUUAGUUUUAGGUCAUUGUAUAUUUUGUGUGUUUUGUUUUCCUUUGUUUUUAUCACCACCCUCUGGGUAACUCGUUCAGCUUCUAUAAAUUAUAUAUCUAUGUUCGUUCUAAGUGCAGAACUUUGUGCUGAUCUGUUUCUUUAUGAGUGGCUAAGACCCGGGCUGCGUCCCAAAAUGGUACCCUGUGGGCCCUGGUCAAAAGUUGUGUACUAAGCCUAUAAGGAACAGGGUGCCAAUAGGCUGCCAAUAGGCUGCCCUACACUGAUCAGACAAUUAACAAUGGAAUUAGCUUUUGUAGCACCACAGUGUGCACACGUUAACAAGCGGGGGAGUCUUUUCACAACCAUAAAAUGUCCCACACAAUAUAAACAAAGAUGACAUCAGUGACCGACGUACCAGUUGUAAUAUGUUUGAUCAGCAUGCUAUAAUGGUUUACUAUGCAUGCUGACGUUAAACGUGUUCCAGUCCUAAUCUGUCCUCCAGACGUACCAUGUUUGAUCAGCAUGCUAUAAUGGUUUACUAUGCAUGCUGACGUUAAACGUGUUACCAGUCCUAAUCUGUCCUCCAGACGUACCAUGUUUGAUCAGCAUGCUAUAAUGGUUUACUAUGCAUGCUGACGUUAAACGUGUUCCAGUCCUAAUCUGUCCUCCAGACGUACCAUGUUUGAUCAGCAUGCUAUAAUGGUUUACUAUGCAUGCUGACGUUAAACGUGUUACCAGUCCUAAUCUGUCCUCCAGACGGCACGAGGUAGUUGGUUUAUUAUCCGUCUAUGACAGUAACACACACAGUUGAGUCAUUUCACAAAGCAUUAAACAUCAGUCUUGUAAGCUCAGGUCUAUGAACAACUAUAGAUAGAUUUGGUAUAAAUGAGUUGAUACUCUCAAAUCAUUUGAUCUUUACUUUUGUGUGUUGUGUAUUUGCCAAAACCAUAGCUAGUUAACUUGUUGAUCCAACUUGUUUAGGAAUCUUUGAGUGGGUCCCAAUGAUCUCUCCUUUCUCCCAAAGUGUGCACUUGUUCCCUUUUUGUGGGAGGGAUUGGUGAUCGAGUGCGCACAUUUCAGGAGGAAGGAGAGAUUCCCGGGACGCUCCCUCCGCCUACUCUCACUGUUCUGUCUAUAUGCUGGAGCCGACCCCAGGCCUGUACUAUCCCAUCACAAGGCUUUUUCAUUCUUUUCCAUGAGUUGUUUGAUUAAAUGAUUUGUUUUGAUUCAAA